CAUAGUAUAUAAACCUACAGCCGUGCUAUACUAUCCUCCUCCAAUACAUCGCAUCCUAGCCUAAUGAUAAUAAUGAUUAUCCGCAUGUGAAUUGAAGAACUAUUUGAUAACAAAAACACCGUCCUUCCUCGAUGUUCUUCCGGCUUAAAACAAUCACAAAAUCUGCGAGGAGUAGAAAACAGGGAAUUUUACUUCCGGGAUUAGGGUGGUGUCGCGUCUUUGUGACGGCGCAAAUCUUCUCAUGCGAGCGCUGGUGCUGUGAGGAAGACCGCUUGUAGUCGUCUGGGGGAGUUCGGAGCGAUUGAACAAGGAAAUACUAUAUAUCUGGUUCAACAUUGGAGGAGAAACACGGGUUUUGGGGAGUGAACAAACAGAUAACCAUGGCAACCAUCAUGAGACAAAGCAGUGCGGAUCAGUUCGCCUGCCUAAGGAAAACACCACGGGAGCACACUCGAAGUCUGAAACCAGUCACCAUGCCAUUGGUCAAACGAGAAAUUGAGCCGGUCAACUUGAGCCGAGGGGUGAUCUCACAGGGCAUCUCCAACGAGCUAGAGUGCGUCACCAACACCACGCUCGCCGGUAUCAUCCGGCAGCUGAGUAACCUGAGCAAGCAUGCCGAGGACAUCUUCGGCGACCUCUACAACGAGGCCAACUCGUUGUGUCGGAGGUCAAACUCACUCCAGGAUCGGAUUGAUAGACUGUCGGUCAAGGUCAAGCAGCUGGAUGCGACGAGAGACGAUGUCUCAUUGCAAGACAUCCAGAUGCGUAAAGCCUUCAAAAGCUCCACACUAUUGGACCAAGAGGUGGUGGCCAAUUACACAAUGCCCUCGGCAAUGCGGGAAACCUACAUGCGCUGUGACAAACCGCCCAAGCUCAACCUCCUAACCCCUUACAGGGAAGACGGUAAGGAAGCCUUAAAGUUCUACACUGACCCGAAGUACUUCUUCCAGCUUUGGUGCGAAGAGAUGCAGAAGAAUAUCACGGAUAUCAGAGAAAAAAAGAACAGGAAAAAGAAGCGACACGCAAAGUCAAAACAACAGGACAAGCCAAGUCGCAUCAAAACGUCAAAACAGAAAUGGCAGGCGAUGGCACAGGGUCAAGAGUUCAUGGAGGAGGCCACGCCCACGCCGACGCCCACCUCGGAAACGAAGGGUUCAAACCAAAACAUUAAUGAGUAUCAGCAGCCGCAGCAGGCACCGGUUCAACAGCCGUACCAUCAACCUCUUGCCACGAAAGAGAGUAUGUCAAGAUCCUCAUCGGAAGGAUUCGACGAAGGGGGCUCAUAUGACAGCGGUCAUCGAGCAUCGCACCGCCCCACAAAUCGACCGCCCCCGCCCCCGUCGAACCUCCCAACACCUAACCAUGAGCAGCCGCCGAUGUCAAACGGUUCGGCCAGCACUCCGAAGCGACCUGCACCAGCCGUACCCCCCCAGGCAUUCAACCACCAGGCGCCGCCUGCGAAGGACCACAACAGACCCCAACAUAUCCCCGUCAACCAGACCAUUUUGCCCCCCAGUCAUCUCGGGGACAUGCCCAUCAUGAACAACGACGCCAAUCAUGUGCUGCCCCCGCCCGCCCCUCCCGCUGCACCCACUACAAACGCAAACAUUCCCCCGCCCCCGCCCCCACCACCACCCCCUCCCGUCGGGGUAACGGGCGGCAAAUCCAUACCCCCUCCACCCCCGAUGCCUGCCCCCGCACCUUCUCCUCCACAUGGUGGGGAUAUACCAGAGUCAUCUAGUCCUGGCAGCUUGGCGUCUCCGAAUCGAGCAUCAAUGCGACCAAAGGCUCCACAAGUUAAUAACGAAAGAAAUAACCUCCUGACGGCCAUACAGCAAGGUAUCAAUCUCCGUAAAACUGAGAUACAGGAGGAGAAGGACAAGUACCAGACACCGGCGACGAAUUCCGUGGAGGCGAUCUUGGCACGCCGCAUCGCCGUGGAGCUGAGCGACACCGACUCGGACGGCAGCGAAGAUGAUGAUGACGACGAGGACUGGGACUAAGCCAUUCAGGGAGUAGGGGUGUUACUACAUUCAUAGGGGGUGGGGGGAGGGGUGCACUCCCUUCACGGAGUGCUUCUUUCACGGAUCCGCGCUUCUUUAGAAAUCCGUUGUUAAUAAUACAAAAUCAUAAUAAUACCGUUUACAAAGCGUUUUUUUUUUCUAAGGUUAUAAAGCGCUCAGAGAAUGACAUUAAACGAGUAUGUUUUCAGUGACCUUUUGAACAUAGUAACGGAGCUAGAACUUUAAAUGGAGUGUGGAAUGGAAUUCUACAUCCUAGGAGCUGCAACUGAAAGUGCUCUGAAAUGUUUUCAAGUGUUUCAAAAUAAGUCUGCGUAAAAAAAAAAUCACACUGUAUGAAAAAAACAGCAACGUGAAAAGCAAUCGGAAAAGGCCAUAUUACGGGCAACCAGUUCCAGGACAUCUCCAAGAAGAAAAGCCAUUCAUAAACUCCAACGCGUUCAAAAUUCAGCAGCCAGACUCAUCACUAGAACCCGAUCACUUGAACCCAUCACUCCGAUCCUUCGCAAUCUCCACUGGCUACCAGUUAAAUCACGGAUAGUUUUCAAACUCCUAACACUCACCUACAUAUGCAAAAACGGAUCAGCACCAGACUAUCUCCAGGGUUUAAUUCAACACUAUCACCCUCCGCGAGAACUUCGUUCCAGUUCAAAAGGUCUUCUCAUAGCAGCUCCAGUUCACACGAAGUUCUACGGUCAACGUUCCUUCCAAUAUGCUUCACCUAGACUAUGGAACUCUCUUCCCAACAAUCUCAAAGACUGUGCCACACUAGAACAAUUUAAAUCACGACUUAAAACCCAUCU